AUACGUGGCCGUUUACAUGUCGGGAACCAGUCUCUCAUUCCAGGUCCUUUUCAAUCUAACAGGUGCAAAUCCGACUGAACAGUCGGUAGAACCUGUCUAAAAAUCCACCAUCAUCCAUCCCAAACUAAAUCUUAAACCCUUCAAACAUCAUGUUUAAAAUUGUGCCGAAGUUCAUCUUGCUGUUGAUGCUGGUUCUACCGGCUACAGUACUUCUGUCGAGUCGUGCCUCGUUGGUUGCCAGUGCCCAAGCAGAAGACCGGGUGGAAGAUGUCUUGGAAGGAGAGGACAUAGAAGACGAAGACGACGAGGAUGAUGAUGACGAGGACGGGCAGAUUGAGACGGAGGAUGAAGGAGCUGCGGGAGGAGAGAAGACGGCCGCGGCCAAGUCCGGGGAUGAGGAAGAGGCAGAGGAGGAGGAAGAGGUUGAGAAACUCAAGGCUGCCGAGGAUGUGGAGACCACUCUGCUGUUCACCAAGAAUGCUGACAAAGAAAUACCUGUCAACAAACUGAUCCAGAUCCUUGUCGGUUUUACCAACAACGGCAAGCAGAACUACAUGGUUGAGAACAUCCACGCCUCCCUGCGCUACCCACAGGACUUCACCUACUACAUCCAGAACUUCACAUCAAGGGAAUACAACACAGUUGUUGAGCCAGGCAAGGAGGCUACCCUGGAGUACAUUUUCCAGGCCAGUGAGUCCCUGGCGCUCCGACCGUUUGGCUUUGUCAUGGAGCUCAACUACAAAGAUACUGAAGGAAACCCAUUCAUGGAUGCAGUCUUCAAUGACACGGUUCAGUUUGUGGAGCAGGACGAAGGGCUGGAUACAGAAACAUUUUUCCUGUACGUGUUCCUGGUAGCUCUGGUCAUCUUGUUGGCUGUUGGGGCACAGCAGCUGCUGGCUUCAUAUGGGAAGAAGAGGAAAGCACCCAAGCCAGUUGUCGAGACGGGAACGCAGAAUCACACAGGUAUCGACUACGACUGGAUUCCCAAGGAGAACAUUGCAGCCAAAAAGUCGCCGUCACCCCGCAAGUCCCCCCGUCGGCGCACCAAGAGAACCACAGGUUCUGGAGACGAGUGAUGCAGACUCAUGGCUGCCUCAUCGUGUUGUCAUCUAUAGUCAGAAUCUUUUUUUCUGAGGGUUAAUAUAUAAUUGGGUAAACAAAAUUCAUUAUCAGUCAACAUAUGCAGGCAUAUCACUAUGCAAAUAAUGCAUUGCAUUUCUACUUUUUCCUCUCCACGGGAUGUGUGAUAAUUCUCAAAUUGUCUCAAACGAAACCAUGAGUAAAAUUCUUUCAAAAUACGGCAGAUAGCCUGUAUAUGUUGCAAAUCCAUAACCCUCUCAGAUCCUAUAAAAAUCCACCAGAGAGGUUUGGAGGUUUUUGUAGGAUUGAGGGAAGUUAGGCCCCAGUCUCUAUGGGCUCCGUGCACAAACAAGAGAGGGCGCUUUUUUACCACUUUGAGAGCCUGGUCAGUGGGGCACACCUCGUGCGCGUACUGGUUCGCGUACGUGUAGCCCAAAGUACGUAGGACUAGUUUUGUUCUGAAUAUGAUAUGCACAAUGCGAAAGCGUUUUCGCAUGCGCACCAGGUGUUGUCGCCAAUGCGUUCGCAUGUCUCUCCCAGUAGUCUUUCCCAACUGUCCCUUUCUGACCGUUGAGGGGGUACUUGUGCACAGAGCCCAUGGGCUUGGCGGCCCUUGAAUGUUUAAGCAGAAAGAAUGUGACAUUGCUUUCAUGCUCGGUGAUAGUCUUUGGAGGACUCAAAAAGGUUUCCUAAAUAAAACUUUGCCUCGGGAGUUAGUGUUUGAGGAAUAAUUGUUGUCCUUGACUGAGUUGACUGAUAAUGAACCGGAUGUUUUUUUAUCACUCACACAAGCAAAGUCUGAGAUGUUUUUUACUUAGAUGGUUCGUGACAACUUUCGCCUUUUCCCCAUUUUUGUUUUUUCUCAGUUUCCAUAAACCUUGCAAUCAAUUUUUCAUCUGCCAUAAAACUUGGAGAAUAAAAUACACCUGGAAAUUUUAUACUUUUGUCUGUCGUGUGUUUUUUGAUAGUAUUGGUCCAAAAUACAUGUAGAUAUUUAGAAACAACGGAGUGCAAAAAAAAUAAAAAUAAGAUUAUUUUAUAAAAGAUUUUUUUUGUAAAAUAAGCCAUUUGAUGAUGUAAAUGAUUUUAGAAGUGGAUUAGGUCCACAAACAAAAAACAGUUCAUUUGUUGGUCACGUGCAUGCCGAGGAAAUUCACAGUUGACUAAUAUUUUGGAUGUUCACAUGUAUGGCGGUGUAAAUAUAUUGAAACAUUGCAUCAUACUAAGCAUGCAAGAUUUGUUGCCAGUGUUAAAUUUCAAGUUAUGAACUGUCGAAUUCUAAGCUCUAAAUUAUUCUGCUUUCCAGAUGAAUUUUGUGAUAAAAUAUUUCAUGAUAUUUGGAUAGUGGUAGAGUACAUCUGUUCUUGAAGCAUUGCUAAUUUCCAUAAUGUAGCAUAUAUGCACUGAGUGCUACACUUGGAUGUGAAUGCACAUCGCAUUCUUGAAAGGCAUCAAUUCCUAAUAUUGCCAAAAACAUGUAGUUUGUGAAAAAUGUUUUGAUUUUCAAAAGUAAAUUCUUUUCUGAGCUGUAGUUUUGUUCUCCAACAAUUACACGUGCUGUUUGAAUGAGCACAAUUUAGUAAGUUGUCAAUAUCAAAAUGUGCAAAAGAUGAAAUCUUUUUAAGUUGGUAAUUUUCUAGUUGGAAACAUCAAGGUUGAUGUCUGCAUAUUUAUGAACUGCAAUUUUUGUGGGUAUACCUUCUAUUGUGAGAUUAUGGGGAAAUUCUAGUUGAUCGCAGUAGGGCAGACGUUUUUGACUUUCCUCUUAAAAAUGUGUCGGUGUUGAUGUAAAACAGUUGGGAUUUUUGUGAGAUCGGUGGUGGGCUCUGUUAGGGAAGACGUGAGGUUCAGGCAUUAUUUUGGUAAGCUUGAGGUCGUGUGUGUGUGAGGUGUCAGUUGGUGUUGGCUUUCUUUGAAAAUGCUUUGCUAGAUUGGUACUUGAUGCGUUGGCCGACUUGUGAUCAGCCUGCAGAUGAAUUUCGCACUGAUAUUCAUGUGAAGUUUGAACCGGUAUUCUAUGAAAUUUGGACUCCAAUGAAAUCUGGUCUCUUUUACCUUAUAUUGACUCUAACCCUAACCAAGACCAGUCACUGUCCUGAUUAUCUCCCGUGUACAACCAAUGAGCCAGUAUUUCAUUGAGUCUGUAUUUCACACUACACCAGCCUUGAUUUUAAGUCAACCAGCCGUCAAACACUGAUGUAUCUUAGGAACUUUCUCUUGUGCUGUCUCAAAGUGGCCAUCUUGAAUGAUCUUUCUGUGUGCUGGUAUAGACCUUUAUAUCGCCGACGCGUGGUUGGCACAUUUUGCGAACCACGGGUUGCCAAACUAUGGAAGGUCAAAUGCUGCAAAAGUGAACAAUAGUUAUUCAUUAUUACAAAAAUAUUAUUGGAUUGUUAAAAAUACAUUAUCAACAAAUGGUAAAAAAUAAUUCCUAAACAUGGAAUUUCUUGGGUAAUGAGGGUGUUACGAUUUUUUUUUGAAAAAUAUGUUGCCAACCACAGCUUCAAUUUAUGCGCUUUCAGCAGCCCAUACAACAUGGCGCUCAACGUUUACAAACAAAGAGUCUAUUGUGCUAAGACUCGGGCUCAUAUCCAGAAUAGACUGGUGCUGUCAGUAUAGUAACCAGAAAGUACAUGUUGACACUUGCGUUCAUAAGGAACCCAUUCAAGAUGGCCGCUUGUGACUUAAAACACAGUAAAACCAAUAUUUUAUCUUGUAUAAACUCUCGAAAAAAAAUAUACGUGGUAUUUAGGAUCUAUUUACCUUAAACCCAAAUGCGGUAUUUGCAUUUUUGCGUUGGAUUUACUUUCGCUUCAGAGUUAUAUUAAUAGAAUUCGAAAUUGCAAUUAAUGUUUCAGGGGGAAAAAAUUGUCCCGAGGUUCACUUUCAUAUUUCAGUUUUCUUUCUUUCAGAUUUUGAUGUUUCUGUGUUAAAUUGGUGAUGGAAUUUAAAAUUCAACUUGUUUUCUUUCUUUCUUUUUUUUGUCGGUAUAAUCCAAAGGAAAAUUUGUUUGAUAUCCAACUCGAAUUAUGAUCAGCAAAGUCAAUACAAUUUAAAUUAAUUUGUAAAACCUAUGGAAUGAGUUGGAUUUAAGUUUUAAAUGAUAGCAUUCCUUGCUAAAUGUUAUUGUAAACUUGAAAAAAAAAAGGAAAUAAAUUUUCUGGAGAUAAUUUCCAGACUGAUCGAUUAUCAGUA